CAUUCAGUACUUACUUUGCGCUUCCCUUGGUAAAACCUGACCGUGACUAAAUCACGCUGAAUAUAUCGUUAGAACUCGAAUGCCAAAAAAUGCAUCGAUUCACGAUAAUAUUGGUUGCUAUAGUCGUUCCCAAUCUAAUUCCUGCGAUUAGCGGUCAUGGAAUGGUUCUAGAUCCGAUUGCCCGUGGAUCGCGGUGGCGAUGUGAUUCGAGCGCAGAAGUGAAUUACGAUGAUAACGCUUUAUACUGCGGAGGUUACGCUGAACAGUGGGACAAAAACAAUGGCAAAUGUGGUCUCUGUGGUGAUAACUUUGCCGACUCCUUGCCCCGGUUACACGAACUCGGUGGACGUUUCGGCGAAGGUAACAUUGUCCGAAACUACACCGUUGGGGCCGUAAUUCAGGUGAACGUUAAGAUUACAGCAAAUCAUCGAGGAUAUUUCCAGUUCAACUUGUGUGAUUUGAGUAACGGCGGACAGGAAAAUGAAGCCUGUUAUGAAAAGUAUCCGUUGCUGGACGCUGAAGGUCGACGAAAGUGGUAUCUUAACUCAACGUUGACCGGGCAGUACAGUGUGGAACUGAAGCUACCGGACAAUCUGGCCAGUGAACAUUGUGUUUUACAGUGGACGUAUGUGGCUGGUAACAAUUGGGGUUUCUGCGAAGAUGGAACUGGUAAGCUCGGCUGUGGAGCGCAGGAAAAUUUCCGUACCUGUUCUGAUAUCGGCAUCUACAGUAGCAGCGACCCCCGGUUGAACGAAUCUUACUCAUACUGUUCCUCAGCACCACGAUCGUUGAAUUGGAUAUUUGACAACAUCCCCGUCGAUGAGCCAAUGCCGGAAGCCGACGAAGAUAUAGUUUUCUGACUCAAGUGGGACCUGGGAAGUGUGGCAAAAAGUACACAUUACAGCUCAAUUCCUCUACAUAGAACUAUCAGUUAUCUCUCCGAACUUGAAUAUUAGUUGUUUUAAUCACUGUAUUUAUUGAAGUGCAAUACAGGAAAGCACUUAACCUUCUGACGCAUUUACAACACCGAACAAAUAGAUGAAAUACAGGGUGGUCAUCCGAAAUGGAAAGUGAUGUAAAAGUCUUUCAUCAAAAUUAUAUUCUAAUUAGCUUUAAUCUAUAUAAAAUUCAUGUACUUCCAAUAUAACAUGUAGUUAUAACAUAUAACGGAAAAGAUGGAAAUAAAAGUAUUCAUGUAGUACUGAUA